AUGAUGGAUGGGCGGCGGCAUUCAGUUGAUAUUCCAAUUUCUAAAACACUUGUGGCAUUGAGGAGAGUCAGGUCAUUGAGGGAUCCAUCAACUAAUUCUAUGAGUAAACUUUCUCAUUUGAUUGAUAAUGUGCACUGGGAAAACGGUUCCGGUAAUGGGAUUUCCUUGCGGUUUUCAGAUGCUACUCGUGCGUGUGAUUCUGAUGAUAAUGUUACUUUCAGAUCAAGGAAUUUAGGUUUUAAGGAACAAAGGGAGCAGGGUGAUGCUGAUUUUGUAUUGAAUUGUGGUCAUUUGAACUCAAGGCUGAAGCCUAGUGGGGUACCAUGUCAGGAUGGCCAACAUGAUGAUGAACUAGUUUACUGUAAUCCUAAUCAGCAAAGCAUUUCUGGAAAUAAGUCCCCUAGUGAAAGCUGUGGUAGCAACCAUGGGGGUAAAGGGUUGGAUUUGCCUUGUACCAUGCCUCCCAGUAAUCAUUUCAGGGAUGGGCAUUCAUGCUAUGUUGCUACUGCUAGAUCAUCUCAAUUAGGGAGAAUAGAUUACUCUAAGUCAGCCAAAAAAUCUCUACGCAAGAAUCAAGUAAAACCAUCAGAGGUAGUGGGUGGAAUUGCCAGCCAUUUAGGCAGUCCAUGCCUUUCUGUUCGCGAUGCUUUCUCGCCCCAUAGUGCCUUAGUAGGUAUUAAUCAAGAUGUUUUUGAAAAUAUUGAUAGUGGAUGUGGAAUAAGCUGUUGUUGGUCAAAAUCACCAAGGUUUAGAGAGUCAAAUCUUAAUUGUGAGAUUGAAGACCGUCCCUUGAUAUUGCACGGUGUUGAUGAGACAGAUAUUCAUGGACAUAGAAGCAUGAGACACAAUGGUGGUGGAAUUAGUCCAAAUUUGGAAACUCCUAGAAGUUUAUCUAUGAAAUUCAGACCUAAAUCAUUUAGUGAUUUGGUGGGGCAAAAUGUGGUUGUAAGGUCCCUUUUGGGUGCCAUCUCCAGAGGAAGGAUAACGUCAUUUUAUCUCUUCCAUGGUCCACGUGGUACUGGCAAGACAUCUGCCUCCAGGAUAUUUGCUGCUGCACUAAAUUGCCUCUCUUUUGAGGAGCGAAGGCCAUGUGGCCUAUGUAGAGAAUGCGUUUUAUUCUUUUCUGGAAGAAGUAAAGAUGUUAAAGAAGUGGAUUCUGUGAGAAUCAAUCGUACAGACCAGGUUAAAUCCCUUGUUAAGAAUGCAUGUAUCCCUCCAGUUUCCUCACGUUUUAAGGUCUUUAUUAUUGAUGAGUGCCAGUUAUUGAAUGGGGAGACAUGGGCAAGCCUUUCAAAUAGUCUACAGAACCUUUCUCAACAUGUGGUUUUUGUGAUGAUUACUCCUGAUUUGGACAAGCUUCCUAGAAGUGCAGUUUCUCGGGCUCAGAGGUAUCACUUUCCAAAGAUUAAAGACGCUGACAUUGUGUGCAGAUUAGAAAAAAUUUGUGCCGAAGAAGGUCUUGAUUUUGAACAGGCUGCUUUGGACUUCAUUGCUGCAAAAUCUUGUGGUUCUGUUAGGGAUGCAGAAAUGAUGCUAGAUCAGCUCAGUUUGCUUGGAAAAAAGAUCGAUAUUUCCUUAGUGUACGAGCUUACCGGGAUUGUUUCUGAUGAUGAGUUGCUCGACUUGCUGGAUCUAGCAUUGUCAUCUGACACUUCAAAUACAGUUAUAAGAGCUCGGCAGCUUAUGAGAUCAAGGAUAGAUCCUUUGCAGCUUAUAUCACAGCUGGCAAAUCUUGUUAUGGACAUCCUUGCAGGGAAAUGUGAAAAUGGUGGUUCUGAAGUCAGAAAUAGAUUUUCUGGUAGAUAUACCUCGGAAGCAGACCUGCAGAAACUCAACAAUGCAUUGAGAAUACUUUCUGAAACUGAGAAGCAGUUAAGAAUCUCAAAGAAUCAAACAACGUGGUUCACUGUAGCCCUCUUACAGCUAAGCUCUGUAGAUUAUCCAUCUGUGGAUGCCAACGAUACCAAAUUAAGUUUGAGAGUUCCAUGCAAUGGAGAAUUUGAUAUCCGCAAUAUAUCAUCUACAGGGCAGAGCUUGGAGCAUCUUGCUACUGGUCAGUGUGAUAACAAGUCAUACAGAUUACGAGUGCAGGAGGAUCGCCGGGGAACAUUGAAUUCCAUUUGGUAUAAAGCUACAGAAUUGUGUCAAUCUAGUCGGCUCAAGACUUUUCUCAGGAAGAAGGGGAAGUUGUCUUCACUUCAUGUUGAUCGCAAUACAGCUUGCCUUGCUAUUGCCGAGUUGGAGUUCCACCAUCGCCACCAUGUAUCUAAAGCUGAGAAGUCAUGGAAAUUGAUCGCAAGAUCCUUGCAGUUCAUAUUGGGCUGUAACAUUGAGUUGAGGAUCACUUACAUACCAUGUGCUUCUGAUUCUAAGUAUGCCAAACUGAAGAGGGCAUCUUUCAGCAUCUUCAGUUGUUCACGCAAAAUUCGACGACGGAAAUCAUCAUCUUUUAAUGAACAAGGAAGUGAAUCAGAUUAUGCUGAUUGCACCUCUCAAAAUCCCAUGAUGAAGGAUAAAACAACUUCCUCUGAUUGUGGAGUGGAUGUUGUAACGACUUUGCGAAGUUGUGAAGGGAAUUUGCUUAGCUCAGGAGAAAGGUUUUUAAAUAGGUCAUUUCAAGAGCCUCUGGAGACAUCAUGUGCUAUAGUCGAUUCCUCUAAGGAAGAGGAAUGCAAUUGUGCUCAUCUAGAUUCAUCAAUCCCCAGUUCAGAUAAUCACUCUUACUGUUUUCCUCAAACUAUUUGGCUUCAAAAGAAGUUUCGUUCAUCAAAUUCAUUCAAGAUGACUUUUCAGGGUAUUCAACAACAGAAAGAUUUUGUUUUAUCUACCCCUAAGUGUACAUGA